GGAUCGUGGGCAGGGCAGCCGUUCCCCGCAGCGCGAUGUGAGGAGGUACAACAGAGACUUCCCCCGGGGUCUCGGGAAGGGUAAGGACUCCCCCACUCCGUUCCUGUGCUCCGCUCAGGACCACCGGGCACUAGAAUCUGUGUUAGGGCAGGACACUGUGCCCAAGAGAAGGUCUGGGGCUGGGGGCCUGAGCCAGGCAGGGACACGUUGUCCUGGGGUGGGGCUGCCUUUCUUCUCCCGGAGCCGAGGGCUGCCCGAGUGGCCUUGGAAUGAGGCGGGAGCACGGCUCAUUGCCUUUGCGUGUGUGCUGCCUCUCCCAUCUGGCCCAUCCGCUCCUGUCCCGGGGCUGAGCUAUCCCGGAGCCUGGUUUCUCUGUCCCACAAGAGGCUGGCCCAGGUCCCCUCGUGAUCGCAGUCCUGAGUGUGCUGGGAAGGGCUCCCGUGCCCUGGGGUCCUGAGGUUCCCUUAGGGAUGGCAGCUCUGCUGGGAAACCCCCUUUGGCCCCCAUCUCCUGGACAGGCCCCAUCUUGUUUGAGCUUCCCAUCCUGCCUAUAUUGGGAGAGCUGGGAUCCCACCUUCUGGCCACAGGUGCUCUGACGAGGUUGCACUACUGUGCGCUGAGAAGCAGUGCAAUGAUAUUGUCAAAGCAUCUGGGACCAGCCUUGGGGAUCCCCCCCAGCAGUUGCCACCUCUCCCUCCCCAGCCCAGGCCCCUCCGUCUUGCAGGCCUUCCCCUCCCCCUGCUCAGCAGGCUCUCUUCUCCAUGGAAACUUGAGAUCUUGGCCAGGCCUGGGCCUCCGGGGUCAGAGGGCACCCUUCCCCCAAGCCCAGGCCCCGCCCCACCAAAGCCUGCAUUCCAUAUCUGGAUCCCCACUGCCCACCAGCUCACCAGGAGAGGCGCUGGCUGGCCUGCCCAACACUCUUUCCCUGUUGCACUACUGUGGGCCGCUAGGAAGCAGUGCAAUGAUGAAAGGGCAUUGGUCAGGCCCAACCUGCCACCCACAGCACCUGGGGCAGAGGGAGUUUUGCCAUCUCCUUCCACUUCCCAGCUGAGGAAAUGAGAACGCCCAGAUGGUAAGUGCCUGGACUGGUUGGCUUCCAGGCUGUUUGGAUCUAGAUGUAUCCUUCAGGUUUGGCUCCAAGCUCUCUGUCUGGGUUGUAAUUGCAUGGACACAGGGGCAGAGCCCAUGGAUUCAGAAAAGCACUGUUCUGAAGGGUUUCAUUCCACGCUGACUUCCCAGGUAAGACUGGGGGCUCCAGGCCUAGACAGGGCCUUGUGGAGAAAUAGAGGCCCACUGCUUUAGGUGGAAAGCGUCCCUGGGUGGCACAAAUGGUUAAGUGAUUGUCUGCUAACCAAAAGGCACCUUGGAAGAAAGUCCUAGCAAUCUACUCCCCAGAGAUCACAGCCAUUGAAAGUGCUAUAGAGCACAGUUCUAUUCUGAUACACACGGGGUUGCCGUGAGUUGGAAACAACUUCACAGUAACUUGUUUUUUUGACUUUGUGUGGAAGGUCAUUCAGGGCCUGGCUCAGGCCCAGCUCAGCCCUGAGGUGAACCAGAUCCAGUUCUCCUUAAAGACUCGAGAAGGGCCAGGCCCAGAAGAGAAUGUUCUCCCAGGUGGGGGUCUAGGGGAAGGUGAGGCAGAUCCCUCAGGCAGACAGGCCUUCUAGGAGGCAGAAUGCUCAGCCUCCCCUGGGUCAGCAAAUGCCCAUCAACAGAUAAAUGGAUAAACCAACUAUGGUGUAUACACACAAUGGAGUAGUAUGUGAUGAUAAAGAACAAUGACGAAUCUGCAAAGCAUCUCACAACAUGGGUGAAUAUGGAGGGCAUUAUACUGAGUGAAAUAAUUCAAUGACAAAAGGACACAUAUGGUAUGAGACUACUACUAUAAAAACUCAUGAAAAGGUUUACACACAAAAAGAAACAAUCUUUGAGGGUUACAAGGGAGGGGUGGGAAUGGGGAUGGAAAAACACUAACUAGACAAUAGAUAAGUGGUAACUUUGGUGAAGGGUGAGACAGUACACAAUACUGGGGAAGCCAGCACAACUGGUACAAGCAAGGUCGUGUAAGCUCCAUAGACACAUCCCAACUCCUUGAGUGGCUGAGGGUUGUGGGGAUCAAGGUUUCAGGAUACAUUUAGCUCAGUUGGCAUAACGUAGUUUAUAAACAAAAUGUUCUACAUUCUACUUUGGUGAGUAGACUACGGGGUCUUAAAAGCCUGUGAGCGGCCAUGUAAGAUACUCAACUAAGAUACUUCACUGGUCUCACCCCACUGGGAGUGAGGGAGAAUGAAGAAAACUAAAGACGCAAGGGAAAGGUUAAAGGACUAAUGGAUCACACGUACCACAGGCUCUACCAGACUGAGUCCAGUAUAACUAGAUAGUGCCUGGCUACCACUACCGACUGACAAGGGGUCACAGUGGAGGGUCCCAGACAAAGCUGGAGAAAAAUGUAGAACAAAAUUCUAACUCACAAGAAAGACCAGACUUACUGGCUUGAAAGAGACUAAACAAACUCCAAGAGUAUGGCCCCUGGACACCCUUUUAGCUCAGUAAUGAAGUCACUCCUGAGGCUCACCCUUCAGCCAAAGAUUAGACAAGCCCAUAAAACAAAACGAGACUAAAAGGGCACACCAGAAGAAGGCAGGAGGGGACAGAAAAGUUGUUAAAAGGGAACCCAAGUUUGAGAAGGGAGAGUGUUGACAUGUCAUGGGGUUGUUAACCAAUGUCACAAAACAAUGUGUGUGCUAACUGUUUAAUGAGAAGCUAGUUCUGUAAACCUCCAUUUAAAGUACAAUUUAAAAAAAAGUGGCACUCUCUGGGGUGGACUUGGGAUUUGAAGCCUGCAGAUGGUGCCCACCAACCAUAGCAGCUUGUUCUCUUACAGGGAGAUAUACCCUGGGGGUGCAGGAUGAACUGUAGGGUACUCAGCACGCCCUCCCUUCCCAUUUGGAGUGGAGAGGAAUUGGAGCUGAAUUUCCAAGAAGCCUGGUCACUUCCACCGUUAGACCCAGGAUUCCUGUGCACCAAUGACCCAACACAAAGCAAGAGGCCCCCAUGUGUCCAGUGACAACCAUUCAAGCCUGUUCCUUGGGGGUAGAAGCCCUGGCACCAUAGGAAGGAUGAAGGGUAACGACACAUGCUCCUCCCCUCCUUGGCCCAACCCAACUCUUUGAUCCCAAGGCUGUGGCUGGAGGUACCUCGGAAGAAAGGCCUGGAGAUCUACUUCCCAAAAAUCAAUCACCGAUAACCCUGUGGAGCACAGUUCUACUCUGACACAUGGCAUCACUGGGAGUUUGAAUAGACUCAACAGCAACUGCUUUGGUUUUACAUAUAUAUGUAUAUGGAGCCCUGUUGGUGCAAAUAGUUAAGUGCUUGGAUACUAACCAAAAGGUUGGUGGUUUGAACCCACCCAGCAGCUCCACAGGAGAAAGACCUGGCCAUCUGCUUCCAUUAAGAUUAACCAAAACCAAACCCAUUGCUGUUGAGUCGAUUCUGACUCAUAGUGACCCUACAGGACAGAAUAAAGCUGCCUCAUGGGGUUUCCAAGGCUGUAAAUCUUUACAGAAACAGACUGCCACAUCUUUUCCCCAUGGAGCGGCUGGUGGGUUUGAACUGCUGACCUUUUGGUUAGCAGCAGAGCGCUUAACCACUGUGCCACCUGAACACCCUGUGGUGCAGUUCUACUCUGUAACGUAUGGGGUCACCAUGAGUCAGAAUCAACUAGAUGGCACCUAAGAACCGCAACGUAUAUAUAAUUUUUUCUUUUUUUUUUCAAGUUCUAUUUUGUAAGCCACAAAGGAGGCAGGAAGCAGAACAGAGACUUGAACCCAGGUGUAUCUGAUGAAGCUUCUGCCUGCCCUGGCAAGAUGCACAGAGCUGACCAUGUUUCUCCUUGUCUUCCACAACUUUGUCCUUCUGGGCUCUCUACCUUGCUGUCUGAUCUCAAAGGGCAGGAGGAGGCAGCCCUCUGGAUGGAGGCCAUGGAUGAGUUCGACCACGAGUUCCCUCAGAGCGUGACCUUCUGCCAGCUCAUCUCUGAGGAGGACUACGAGAGGCAGGCGGCCACCUGCACGGAGCGCGCACUGCGCCGACUCUUCCGUAGCAUCGACCGCAAUCCGGCGCUGGCCGAGCGGGUGGUGCGCAAGGGCAAGCAGGAUGAGUGCGAGCAGCGUGGGCUCCUCUCCUUCCUCCGGGCCAAGUUCUUCUAUGCUGUCCAGGGGGAGCUGAACUACUGCAAUAGCAUGGACGCCAUGGAGAUGCACCAGCGCCUGGAACACCUGAAGAGGAGCAUCCACCGCGUGCACCUCUACGCCCAGGAUGCCAAAAAGAAGAGAAGGAAGCCAAAACUGAAGAAACUGGAACCCAUCCUCUUGCGUGACCGGGCGACCUCCCCAUGCCUUCCACCUCCAUCAUUGCCACCUCCGCUGCUGCCACCACCUGCCACCACCAUGGCUUCUGUGGUGGCCCCAUCACCGCCUGUCUACACUAUGCCCAGGGUCUUUGGCCCCUUCCCUCCACUGUCCAACAAGUUGAUGGAGAAUGUGGAAGUUUCAAGUUCUGAAGUAAGGUUAAACUGGACUGGCCUGUCAUCAAACCCAAAGAGCCACAUGGUCGAUCUGACUCCCUUGGUCCUCAACCCUGGAGGCUUCCAUUUCUCCUACAGGCCUGGAAACAGUGCUCACAAGCUCCAUUGUCCUGGCUUCCCCUGGACCUCAACCUGUAGUGGCUCCCCCAGCACCGAGGAGAUGCCAUCCCCUCCCGUGAAGGCUUCCAUCUUCACCCCACCUGUCCUACUCAAGUUCCAGCCGGUACGCAGACCUGACCAUGACUCAGAGAACGACCCUGGCAGCUCAGACUCGGUGCCCCACCACGGGAGCGCAUAACCACUUCCCUACAGACAUGGCCUGAUGAAUCAAUAAAGAUUCUUUGGAGGUGCUGUGCUUGUGCUGGGGUGGGUGCUGGGCUCCCUCGGCGUGGUUUAGUGCUCCCUCUAGCCCAAAGGGAUGGUCAGGGUAGUAGUGCCAGCCCAAGGUCCCUUGACGGAGCCUGCAUACAGUAGGUGGUCAGGUCAGCACUCAUCGCUUGUACCCUAAUGUGAAAACUCAGCCAUAUGCACUUUGUUCAAAGAACGAGUGGUGCCCUUGGUUGGGCCUCAUUUGACCCAACUGAGCUGCAUGUCUACCAUCUUUUUCCUACACCUAGCCCCUAAACACAAACCUUACUUGGUGCAUAGAUGUAGAAACAUGUUUUCUCCCUGGAGGAAGCUGAUGUGUCACUUUACAACUUGGCACCUUUCUAAGGAAUUUCAAAGAUGUAUGACUAAUUGUCACCUCACUCCCAACCUUAGCACCAAACCUGCAUGUGAAACGUGAGUCCUCACUAAAUAUCUUUCAAGGAAGGCACAUUAGCAGAUGCUGAACCCCUGCAUGUGCUCCACACCUUUCUUGGAACUGUAGAUAAACCAAGCAGUGUGUGUCUAUGAGGGGGGUGGGGGUAAACCAGCACGCAGAUGAAUUACUACGAGUUGACACACUGUGAUAAGCAGCCUGAUGGGAGCUGGAAUGGAGAGGUCUGGGGACAGCCACCUGGGAUGGGGGCAUCAAGGAAGGUCUCUAUGAGGUGUCGUUAAAGUGGAACCUAGAGGAACCAGCAGUAAAAUGAGAAAAGCAAGGACAGCUGGUUUCCAGUGACUGGGUUGGUGAUGGUAUAUUCAAGAGAAUUGGGGGACGGUGGCAGGAGGGGGUGGGGAAUGGCGACUUCUUCUUUGACCAGGCAUUUUAACUUUGAGGUCAGUGGGUACCCAGUAAAGGUCAGGAGUCUGGAGCACAGGCUUAGCAUUGGUAGUCACGGGAUACAAGUGAUUUUUAAAGCAAGAUCCCCCGGGCCCUGAGUAUAAACAGAGGCUAGAAAUGAGAUGGGGGUACACAAACGUUCUGGUUGGGGCAAGGAGGGGUCCAGCGGAAGAGUCAAUAGAGACCAGUGAGGGCCUGGGGCCUCCAGGCUUGGUGACCACCUGCCACUGGGUCACAGGGGCCUGGAGGCAGCGAGGAGAGUGGGUGAAUGGGCGGGCGGUGAGCAGCUAGCCAGCCAGUGUGGACAGGAGUAGGACUUGCGGCUCCAGAUGGGCUUUUUAAAAUGCCUGAGAGCCCGGGCGGGACUGCGCGCAGGCUAGGCGGGUAAGCGAGACAAGCCGGAGAGAGGCCCCCCAAAAGAGAGGUCUUCGAGUAGAAAGCAUCUCAACGCCCUGGGCGCAA